CUCUUUUACCUCAAGAGGCUUAUUCCAUUCGUAUGCAUGCUGGACAACUUCCUCUUGAUCCAAAACAUAAUGAAACCUUAUUUUUCUGGCAUUUCGCAAGUCAAUAUAUUGCUGACAAGUCAAGAACAGUGAUUUGGUUUAAUGGAGGUCCUGGUUGUAGUAGUCUUAUUGGUGCUUGGACAGAAAUUGGUCCUUUCCGCUUUCAAGAUGAAAAUACAAUAAUUGAAAAUAAUGGAUCUUGGAAUAUGUUUGCCAAUCUAUUGUUUGUCGAUCAGCCUGUUGGUACUGGUUUUUCCUAUAUUGAUACGGACGCGCUUAUUCAUGAACUCUAUGCAAUGGCAAAUCAUUUUCUAAGUUUUCUCGAUCGAUACAUUGAAGUUUUCCCAGAACUACUUCAAAACGAUAUUUAUUUGGCUGGUGAAUCUUUUGCUGGUCAAUAUAUUCCAUAUAUCGCAAAAGAGAUUCUUACAAAACGAUCGAACUUAAAAUUACGCGGUCUUCUCAUGGGAAAUGCUUAUAUUGAUCCUAUGACUAUUGAAUAUGACUUGAUUUGUAAUCAUUGGGCGACUGAAAAAAUGAUGGAUGCUAUGGCUUGGAACAAUCGAACUGGAUUUGACAUGGGAAAUGGGAGGUUAGCUCCAUUAUAG